UUUAAAUUAAAAGUUAUCUCUUUGCUUCAGGACUUGAGUUAAUGACAAAAUGGAAAUCUUUAAGGGAUCAAUUUCGUAAGGAGUUAAAGUUGCAGCAAUGUUCAAAAUCCGGUCAAGCUGCCUCAAAACGACGAAAGUAUAUUCAUUAUGAUGCAUUACUUUUUUUAAAGAAACAUACAGAACACGCUUCAACAUCGUCAAACAUGUUCAAUGAGGACAGUCAAGAUGUUUUUGAGGAUGACGACAGUUCGGUUAAUACCACCCCUAGUGUUACGGAACCAUCCACGUCUAAUAAAAAGAAAACAUUAGUCCAAAUGUUUCUGGAAUCUAAUAAAGAGAUAUCGAAUGUUAUGCGCGAGAGUAUAGAUAUACAAAGAAAUAAUGUUCAAACACAAUAUCGCGACGAGCGUGGAAAUGAGGCAUUUUUCCGUCCGUUGCUACCACUUAUGGACAAAAUAAAAGAAGACUGUUUAAUUGAUGCCAGAACUGAGAUUGUGGCCGUAAUUAAGAAAUACACACCAUCAUCACAUACAUUGCUAGACUCUUAUUCUCGUACAUCCACACCAACAAGCGAGGACGAUAUUGCUCAAAUGUUAGAACACUUUGAUGGAAUGUAAACAUUAAGUUUUAAUUUGAUGUAAGCGUU